AUGUUGCUCUUCUCCAAUAAACACAAGACCCCUGUCAGCACUUACACCGACUCGUACCGCCCGCCAUGCUCUGUCAAAAAGACCUACCACGAGCAGGAUCUACAGCCGCUCUGGAAAGAAAACAAGUUUGUGACCCAGGGAUUAACGAUGCCUCCAGCGCAAAAUCCGACAAGCCAAGGUCAGCCCGAGCAGCUGAUUAAGAUGUCAAUGCAGGAGUGCUACAGGAACACCAUUGCUGCCUACUGGCCCGAGAAGUACUGGCUGUCCAGGUCCAAAGAGAAGUACAACCCAGUUUUUGUCAAUGAGAACAAAUACAUCUGGAGAACAAGUCCCUACAACAGCAUAGCCUGGAAUAGGCACUCGUCUUACCUCCCACUCCUGCACAAGGAAACAAGGAUGGAGACCUUCCUGCACAGCAUACCUGGGCCAUACAUCCCAAAACCCACCUGCCUCAAUGAAUUUGAGAGGGAUAUGGUCGCCAACAUGUUGCACAGGCUGUCAUGCCACUCCCCACCAUCUCUGCAGCCUCUGUACACCAUGACGGGGAGGGGGCCCUACCAGGGCUACUACAGCCCCUGCUCUGGGCGCCACUACUGCCUGCGAGGGAUGGACUACUAUGUUGAUGGGGCCUCUGCCACCAGAAGGCAUCUCUAUGCGCUACAAGAGAGGGCUGAGUAUCCCGUGCUGCAGUUACAGCCCCAGAGCAGUGUUCUGUACCUCUGCACAUCGCCCCCAGCCAUCCUCCCUGUGCAGGAGCCCUAG